AUGUCUGCAGAAUCAAGCAUUAAUAUUCAACUUGAUGCCUAUCAACAAUUACAUGCAAAACAUUUAACUACCAGACGAGAAAAUCAAAGAACAUUUAUUCAACCAUUAGAACACUUAAAUAAUGAUGUACAAAAUAUUUUAAAUGUAGAUAAAGAUGCAUAUGAAAAUGCAAAAGAAGCUUAUCAUCAAGAAUAUAAUAUAUUAAAACGUGUGAUUACUCAUGCAGCUUCUGAACAUGAAACGAAAUCUGUAUUGCCGUUAAAAGAAAUAUACCAUCGACGAAAAGAUCUAGCCGAACGCGUUUCUACCCUACUUGCUGAAACUAGACUUGAAGCAGCUCCUGUUGAAACGCGUACAUUUUGGAAUGGAUCCAUAGCAGUCGUCUACAAUCCCAUUACUGGUCGUGCAGAAUGGAAACAGUAUUGGCAUGGUGGUAUUCAUGGUGUAUUCAAUCCCACAGCAGGUACGAUUGAAUGGAAGCAAGCAUUACAUUCGUGUGUCUAUGGCGUUUUUAAUCCACAAUCUAAUAUGAUUGAAUGGAAGACAAAUUAUAAUAGUGGUGUUCAUGGAGUUUAUAAUCCGUCAAAAGGUAUUGUUGAAUGGAAAUCAGCAUUUCAUACAGGAGUUGGUGGUGUAUACAAUCCGCUCACAAGAGAAGUUGAAUGGAAAACAUAUUUUCAUGGUGGUGUUGUCGGAUACUUUGAUUAUAAAAAGCAAUGUGUUCAAUGGAUAGAAAAAUGGCGACAUGGCAUAGGUCUCAUUGCAUGGGAUGAAAAUGCCAACACUUAUUUGACAACCUCAAGUAGUGGUUGGUAUGAUAAUGAAUGA